GGACGCGUUCCCAGUACCCACCGGUUCUCCGGGUCGAGGCGAGUCGAUAACUGCAGCUCUGGCCGCCUGCGGUGUUCUGUGAGGUCCUCCCGCGCUACCUCUUGGCCCCCCUCGCUCAUCCACGUGUCAGCACCCAGACUCCUGCUGUGUGGCCGCCUUCUGGCCCACACCGCCCCCUUCCCCCCAGGGCGAGGGUAAUUUACUCUCGUAAACGGCGGCCAUGACUCUUUAUGGUACAGCCGCUAAAACACAUAGACAUACUCCUUUGUAAGGAGACAGACUCGGCUCGCUUCAAGUUGACGGAAGUGCUUGAGACUUUAAGAGUGGAGAAAAAAUCAAGUUAAAAAGAAAGGAGGUUAAUGAUGUGGCAGUUGCAGCAAGAAUGACGGAAGCAGCAGAAGUGUAAGCAGUAAGCAGCGCCAUUUUUAUCUUCAAAAACAACAGAAACGGGAGGAGCAUUAUCAGGCAUUGACAAAGGUGAGGAGCAGCAGCAGCAGUAGGCAACACCGACCUUAGCAACAGAAACAGCAGUAGAAGGAGGAGGAGGAGAAGAGAGAGAGAGUAACUGUGUGGAGGGAACAUUAGAUAAUCUGUUACGUCUUGUCAUGGUGACCGCGACACGUGAAGGCUGUAGCCAGUCAUAGAAGAGGUGACCCACAACUAAUGUGGCGGCGGCCGACACAUGAUCAGAAGACUGUCGUAAUCCACCUGCACAAAAUGUUCUCCUCCCGACGCAAGAGUCUCCCGGACCCCUCUACCAUCUCGACCACCACUACCAACCGCACCAGCAAGAGACGUGCCUCCAAUGGCUUCCUCAACCCAGAGGUGAUGGCGGUGCCUGGUGAAGGGGGACCGGCAGGGAUGGGUGGUGGUGGUGUUAGUGGUGGUUUGGGUGAUGGUCGGCUGCUUGUGGCCGACCUCAGGCACCACAACUUUGAUGCCAUCCGCUUCGCCUCCUAUCGCACUGCUGCCAAACUCCGAUUUGUACAGAAGAAGACAAAUAUGCACCGUGUUGACAUAUGGAACAUUAUUGAAGCUUUCCGGGAAAAUGGACUCAACACUCUGGAGCCAUACACCGAGGUCAAGGUUUCUCGGCUGGAGACGCUAAUAUCAACUCUGUAUCAUAGCUUAAACAAAAGACUUCCAGUGGGACAACAUGUGGUUAUUGAGUCAUCUACCUCUAUUCUUCUAAACUGGUUGUUGUCUGCAUAUGACAAUGUACUCAACUGUUUCAGGGACGAUGAAGGAAAACUGCGUGUGUUCAGUGUGAAGGUUGCGUUGGCUACACUAUGUAGUAGCAAACCUCUCGACAAGCUCAGGUAUAUAUUCUCACAAAUAUCUGACGGUAAUGGGCAUCUUUCACUAACUCGCUUCUCUGAGUACCUGAAGGAAGUCCUUGCACUCCCGGCUGCUGUUUUUGAAUCUCCAAGUUUCUCUUACUCAGAAAACUUAGUUACCCACAUUUUUGAUGGGAUAAAACAGAUUAACGUCAAUGACUUCUUAGAGGUUGUUUUGGAGGACCCCGGCCCAGAGUGUCUAGCGUGGUUACCCCUUCUACAUCGUCUAGCUGCCUCUGAGUCCGAUGCUCUGUGGGCUGUUGAACUGAUUGACGAUGACUAUGUUGAUGAGUUUAUACAUCAGACCAUGUGUGAUGGCUGUCGGCGAGAGAACUUCAGUGGGUUGCGGUACAAAUGUGAAAAGUGCCACAAUUACAGUAUGUGCCAAGAGUGCUUCUGGUUGGGACGCUUCUCUCCCCCUCACUCCAUACAUCACCAAGUGAAAGAAUACACUUCAUUUACACCGACUCGUCAUUCUUUCCGCCGAAGCUUACGCUGUGUGCCAGACAGGCCUUCAGUUGACAGACCAAGGUUUCCUGAACUUCCAGAAAAAACUUUAAAUCUCUCCCACAUAGUACCACCUUCACCUCUGCCCACACACAAUGGUUUUGAAGGAGGAGGAGCUACGGCCCCCCUUCCUGCCUCCCUGGAGAGUCGCUCAUCCAGUAGAAGUUGUAUUAGCAGUUUACCAGACUGGAGUCAGUUGGAUGAAGAGCAUCGGCUCAUUGCCCACUAUGCUGCCCGUCUUGCUAACCAAACGUCACAUUCAGGCAGCGAGAGUGUCGACUCCAGUCCGGGGUUUGAUGCCUCUUCAGCACAGCGUGAUCUUAUCCAAUCACUGGAGGCAAAGAACAGGGAUAUAAUGAGAGAGAUCAAUGCUUUAAGGAACAGAGUGUAUGUUUGCAGGCGGCAGCAGGAACGAGUAGAGGGCAGCAGUAACCCGACGUUGGUGGCAGAGUUAAGGGCCCUACGCUCACACCGUCAUGAGUUGGAGUCAAACCUUUCCUACCUCCAAGACUCACGCAAGCAGCUGAUGCAGCAGCUAGAAAGUCUUAUGAAAAUGCUCAAAAAUCAUCAAACAUCACCCACAACACCCAAUGGAUCACCCAAGUCACCACCAUUUUCCACAAGUGGAACUCUUGGAAGCAGUGUGAUGUCAAAUCUUCCUAGUGGAACUCAAGGGUCCACAGCUUCAUCACGCUCUGCUCCACCAACACCAUCUCAUACAGCUCAAGUAUCAACUCUAGAUUCUCUCUCUUCAUUACAUGUUGAUGGUCUACAAUCAGCAGUUUCCUCAGUUUUCUCAAGUGCUGGCUCAAAUUGUACUCCCGACAACUCCCCUGAUGAUAGUCUAGCCUCUCGCAGUUUAAGAAAUGAUCUCUUAGUGGCAGCUGAUUCUGUUACAAAUGCCAUGUCCAGCCUUGUCCGGGAGUUAAACUCAGUGCGUGAAUAAGGAUAAAUCCGGAGGCGGAGUACAGAGAUGGGUGGAUUUGAGCAUCUUAGGAGUCAUCAAAGGAAUUCCACCAAUGAGCAUCUGGGAUGUGGAGGAGGUCUGUUUAUUAAUCCUUCAAAAUAUUAUAAAUUAUGACAGAGCCAUCAGGCCUCAUGUUGUAAUGGAAGAAACAGCAGCAAGCACAGCUAGACCAAAGGAGGCCACAAUAUUAAGGCACCAGCAAUCUUACAGCCAGUAGAACAACUUGGCCAGCAGGAACACCAUUAGGGUCUACCAUAUAUGUUAGUGUAGUGUGUCAAUGAUAGGUACAGCAGCCAAAACAGCAAGUUGACUGAUAGAAAUAUUGCGAGGAUAUGAUAGACUCCAAUAACAGAGAACUAAGCAGUAGCCAUCAAAAAAUCCCUUAGACUCUUAGAGGGUACCAUAGAAGACAGACGGCAGGCUGCCAUUAGGACAGAAGACACAUUAUUAAGAGAUAGGGAGGAUAUUGUGUAUUAUAGGUCAUGACAGGAUUGCAUUUUGCUGCAGGAGAUCAUGGGGUAAACAAUCCUUUUAACAAAGAUUAUGAGACUGGGAAUAAAGCUUGACUCUGGCUGAUCCUUGCAGUUUGUCCUUGUGAUUUUAUGUGGGUCUUCAACAAAAUUAUCAUACAGGUAAUAUUGUCAUGGAUACAGAUGCAAUGUGGCAAAAUGUCUGGUUAUAGUCAAAUAAGUUAAUUUAACAAUAAUUGUAUUUGUGUAGUAACUUUAUGAUGAUACAUUGUGUGUAAAGGGGAAGACCUAUUACAAUUUGAACUCCCUAAGCAUUUGUUGAAAGAUUCAAGCUUAUACUUCAGUACAUGAGUGAUACUGUAACCCAUGAGUAAAAAUUUUAAUUAGAAAUGUUGGACUGUGUUUUCCUGAUCCUGUAUCAGUGUAGUUAUGGGAGUAAAUCUACUGUCUCAAUUUUCAAAAUAUUGUAAAUUAUUUUUUUACAGUCAUCCACAUUACUUACAUGAAAGUAUAAAUAUUAAAACUGUAUUGUGAUAACCCCAGCACAGUAUAUUCAGUAACCUAAAAGUACCUUACAGCGCUAAAUGGCCUAUUGGCUUUGAGCCCAAUUUCCAUAAUCAAUCAUCUAAAGUAAUCACAACUUGAUAUGUACUCAUUCUAGUGUAAACCUAAGAAUAUAUAUCAUUAUACAGUAAUAGUUAGUAAGUCAAACUUCAAGUACUGUACUGUACAUAUCAAAUUAAAAGAAGAAUUAUACAAAAUCCUCAGUCUAGUGAUAUUAGGGAAGAUUGUCAUGUUAUACAGUUAGUAUUAGCUUACUUCACCAAACAGGACAACAUAAAUGAAUGAAAAUAGAGACUGGUUGAAUUAAUUACACUAAAUGAGUUAAUGUGUUUAUAGAAAUAAAAAGCAUGAAUUUAUUGAAAAUAUAUGUUAGCAGCACAUUAUGAUUUUUGUUUAUUUCAUGGAAGCCCCUUCCUACUGUAACGAAGGUUGCCCAGAACCAAAAUGUAAACACAAACACACUCUUCAUUUGAUGCCUUAACAUCUACCAUUUUUUUUGUCAUUCAGGUACUGUACACCAGUGUUACCUUGACAUACACCCCUUAAUUCUUCUAGUUUAUCAUUCUAGAAUUCUUAUAUUUUGUUAUCAUUACCAGUACCUGAUUUAUACCUUGUUUACAGAGUAUAGUGCUUCUAUGAGUCUGGGGGCUUUUCUUUAUUUUUCUCAUUGUUAUUCCAUUACCUUUGCCAAUAUUCAAAAAGUACCUGAUAUAUUUCCCAGACAAGCAUGCAAGACUGAAAACAGACAAACAAAUGAAGCAAACACUGAGUACCCACCCCCUUUCUGCAUGACCUGAACCACCCAGGCUUAUCUGUUACAAAUGUCAGUUUCAGCAUCCCUCCCACCUCCACCACAGCCUUAACCAUCACCAAAGCUGCUAAUCCCCAAGAAGACUGAGAAGUAGAGAGCAGCAUUUGGAGCUGAAGACAGGGGUAGCAUUCCCAAUGACUCCCUAGAUAUGCCCCUGCAUUGCUUCUUUCAAAAUGCUAUCACAGUGGAACUCUCUCCCUGCAUGUAUCUUUUUAUUAUAUAACCUGUACAGUACAGUACAGGCAUAAAACAUGUCAUCUACUGGUCAAAGUUUGUGUCUUUCUCUUCUUCAAAACAUUUCUGUGUAAAUGUGGUUGACUUCAUCAGUGUGCAGUUGCUGUCUUGCGCACAUGUAGCUUAUCUACUGUUUCUCUUAGUAAGAUGAAAAUAAAAUAAUAACCACAGCACAAAACAAAAUUUCUUAAUGAUUCUACUUGCUGGUUUAGGCAUUACGCUAUGAAGUACAGGAAUCUUUACUUGUGGUAUUUGGCUCUUGAGAAACAAAUGUGUGGAAAAGAUGUGGAGUGCUUUAGCAAGCAAAUAUAUUGCAUGUGGGAAAGAAGAAUAUACCAGAAAAUGUAGAAAUGCACAAAUACCAUAGGAGAAAAAAGCAUUGUGAGUUAAUGGGAAAGUAGCAGUCAGAAAUGGGACUAUACAGUAUUUGGAGGUUACAAGAGUGAGGUCAACCACUGAGUGAUGAUGUGGUGUGAUGCUUUUAAUAAAAGGUACAGAACUUUCAAUGAAAAAAGGUACCUCCUCAAGACCUCCCUUAGUACAGUAACUCUAAAAUGGUCGACUAAGACCAACUGCUCUAAUACUGUACCACAAUUGAGGCGCUCCACAUCAGAAGGGGGGUGAAGCGUUAAAUUAGAAAAAGCUGAUAAAAACGCGUUUAAGGUUUUUCGAAUUUCAAACAACCAUAACUUUUUUCUUUUUUAAGCUAGAGGGCUCUUUUUUUUUAUCGUGCAGCUCAAUCCAUCUCCUAGCGAACUGUGAAAAUUGGAAGUUAGUACUGUGAAUAGUUCUUAUUUUAUCGUGAGUUGAAUGAGAAUAACUACCUGUGACGUACAGUUGUUUGAGCUUCAAAUCAACAAUAGUCGCAUUUUUCUGCAAAAUUUUCUUAUCAUUGUGGGCUGAUACUGUAAAACAAGUUAAUGAUCACCAAAAACAGCACUCGUCUUAACCCCCCGUCCCUAUUAUUAGCCAAUGACUUAUAAUAUUGUUAAGUAUAAUGUGUGUAAUAAUAAGGAAACACCACGACACUCUCCCCCCCAACAUAAUUAACAUACAAAUACAAAGGUGGAGAAAGUUUGCAUAAUCUUUAGUAAAAACAGUAUUAUGACAAUAGUAUUACAAUCAUACUUUGUUUAGUUUCUUCGUUUUAUUAUCCCUGAAGAUCGUAGCAACUUGAAGUUACAUAAACCCUGAGGAGUGCGUAUAACUUUAAUGGCCUCAUCAUAAUCAAUCAAGUACUGAUCAAAGUCUUUCUCUGUCCUCUCUAAAAAUCGCUACACAGAUUCUUCCUCAACUAAAUCAUGGAUUAUUGAUGCUGGCAACAGUUCAGUUUCAUUAUAAGACUGAGGUAUGGGCUCAAUUUCACUAGCAUUCGUUGGGUCAGGCUCACUUUCAUCACUAUCAAGGUCAAUGCAUGUCUCGUCACUGUACACUUCUACCUCCUCACAGUCUGGAUGUUCUUGUUGUGAUACAUUAGUGUUACUGUUUGUGUUACCAUUAGACUCGCUUUCAUCAUUUUCAUCUUCAUUAUUGCCGUCAGUGCAUGUCACAUAACUCUGUACUGGAUCACUGUCUGCAAAAAGGUCUUGUGAUGCAUAGCAGUCACUUUUUGUAUUACGAGUAUACUCAGUUUCAUCUAUUUCACUUUCACCGUCAUUAUCAUCGUCAAUGCAUGCCAAAUUGUCUUUUAACUCGUCAUAGUCGGCAAAAAGAUCUUUGGAUGCUUUGUAGCACGCUAAAAAGUUAUUCUGUGCGUUCAAAGUGUUAUUGUCAUUAUGAUAAGCACUUUCAUCAUGUUGUGAGUCACUUUCAUUGUCGACAGGUAAGUCAUCAUAGUCUCUGCAAUCAUGCAUGUCACCUGCACCAUUGCCAGUAGCACUUGUAUCACCAUAAUCAACACUAAAUUCACCACCAAAAUCACUAUCACCAAGCAUUACUGGGGUGUCCACAUGAGCACUGGCGUCAAACACAUGCUCAGGAAUAGUGGGCUCCUGAACCCACACCAGAAGGCCUGGCCUCAUUCGAGUCUUGCUUUAAUAUCGGACAGAUAUUGCACAGCACUUCUCACACCCGUGGAACAUGAAUAAUGUCGAAAAGUUAUCAAAAACAGCAGUAGAACGUACACUUAACCUCCCGAUGCGCCAAAACUAAGGAGGAGGCAGCAUCUGGGCGCGCGGAUUGGCCGAGGAGCUGUGACGUAGCAAGGGGAAAUCCAUUUUGAUUGGCUGCCUCGGGAGGUAUGGUUCAAGGGAGGCGCGCUGUCAUUGGCUCACGCUCCUCUCACUCUGAACGGGAUGUUGCCACUUUCUGGAACUGAGCGCACAGCCAGAUACGUAGCUCCAGGCCCGAGGCGAAAUCACCCCUUAUUUUUGAAGGACUUUCCACCUUAUUUCUAUUCUAGCUAGAGGGUUACAUCCAAUGCCAACAUGUAGAGGAAGGAAAAAAUAGUGAUAUCCAUCAAAAAACGCAUUUUUGCCGGGGUGUCGCUUCACCCCUUCUGACGCAGAUCACCUCAAUUAAUCCUACCACCUAGCCAUUUCAGUACUGUAUUUGCAAAUAAUUUUUAAUUUUACCUUAAGUUCCCCAAGUAAUUUCCUUAACCUUCAAGCUCUGAUGUCAUAGACCACAGUUAUUAAACUCGUAUGUAAAAAGUAUUGUUUCUCAUUAUUAUCUAAAUAAUCCAUCUUUUGUAGUGUGAUUUUUCCUUCUGAAUGUGUAUACUGUACUGUACUGUAUCUCAAUUUAUGUUCUUAUUUUCAUAUUUUACUUGACUGAAUAAGAUUCACCAUCACCAUUGCAAGUAGAGGUAGUUCAUACCUCUGUCAAGAUUGUAUCAAACUCAAAGUACAUCUCAAAAUUUCA